GCCCCGCCCACGGAGCUCACCGGGUGACCAAUCCGAGCUCACAGUUGCCUCCGCCCCGCCCACUCUCCCCGUACACUGCUGCAUAUUAAUGAACUGCGUCAACGGAAGGCCGAGGUGUCGGGAGAGGAGGCCGGUGCGCAGCUCCUCCUCACGGGAUAUACACUUGUCAGCUGCCGGAGCCCUGCCUCUCUAUAUAUACCGGGGACACCGCGCCUGAGCGGCCUGAUUACUGGGGAUCCCGGUGUGUGUGAGCUGCCCUCCCCAGACCCGGCGGAGGACACCCCCUUAAAUACAACCAUUUCCUGGCAGCAGAGCCCCCAGAUCAAUCAGCCGCUCGAUGGGGAUUAACAGUGCAUCACCUGUGUGUGUCGCCUUCCCAGCCUGCAACCGCAAGACCGAGAAUUUUACCACCUCUUCUAUAGAAAUUAUGAAACUGAUGGCCCCUCAGAAUGCCGACUCGGAAUCUAUGCAAGUCCCGGACCUUCCCUUAGCCAAGCUGAAGAAGGAUGAGCCCAAGGAGAACGAGAGCCGGGAUGAGACCAUUAGCGAAGUUUCUGUCGACCACAUUCCGGUCCGCCUCUGGGUAAUGCAUGGCGCUGUGAUGUUUGGUCGAGAGUUUUGCUACGCGAUGGAGACUGCCCUGGUGACGCCCGUUCUGUUGCAGAUUGGUCUUCCUGAACAGUACUACAGCCUGACGUGGUUCCUGAGCCCCAUCCUCGGUUUGAUAUUUACUCCUCUCAUCGGCUCGGCCAGUGACCAGUGCACGCUGCGAUGGGGCCGCCGGCGGCCCUUCAUCCUUGGCCUCUGUGUCGGAGUUCUUCUGGGAGUUGCACUUUUCCUCAAUGGCUCUGUGAUCGGUCUCGCCAUCGGAGACGUCCCGGAGAAUCAGACCAUUGGGAUCGUCCUCACAGUGCUGGGUGUGGUGGUCUUAGACUUCUGCGCCGAUGCCACGGAGGGUCCGAUCCGCGCCUAUCUACUGGACGUGGCGGAUACUGUAGAGCAAGACAUGGCACUGAAUAUUCACGCCUUCUCGGCUGGUCUUGGUGGAGCCAUCGGUUACAUGCUGGGCGGUCUGGAUUGGACUCAGACUUUCCUCGGAUCCAUCUUUAAGUCUCAGCAGCAGGUGCUUUUCUUUUUCGCAGCCAUAAUCUUCACUGUGUCCGUCGGCCUUCAUCUCUUCAGCAUCGAAGAAGAACAGUUCAGCCCUCAGCAGGAGCGCCUGGAAGACGAAGCCGAUACCUUGUCAAGCAUGAGGCUAAACAGUACCCUGGUGCCCAUGUCUCGGCUGGAUGUCAUCAACGAGGAGAAAUCCUACUCUUUUCCAGACGAGGUCCAGUCCGAGAAGGAUCUAGAUCUCGACUAUCUUGAAGUGGAUAUCAAAAGGAGCCAAAGCGAUUCUGUCUUGCACAUGCCCGACGCCACGCUGGAUUACGAAUCAGAGUUUCUACAUUACAUAGAACCCUCUAUUUUCCAGGACUGUUCCUACCCAAACACGCCACGCAGCACCAGCCAGGAACUCCUCCAUUCCAAAUUCAACCGCCUGUCCGCUUUCCUCAGGGAGAAUGAAAGGGAAGAGGAGAUGUUGCUCGAUAAUCACGUCAAUGAAGCCAAAGUGCCCAAUGGCGGAGAUUUAGUACAGAAAGAAAACAUGAACGGACACACCAGCAUGGGCAUGAAGCAGUCCUGCACCGCCAACUCAAUGCGGCGCCGCCGGCACAUGUUCUAUCGCCAGCCCUCUUACACCUUCUCUUACUAUGGCAAAGUAGGGUCCCACCGAUAUCGCUACAGGAGAGCCAACGCCAGCCUGCUGAUCAAGUCGUCCCGCAGCAUGAAUGACAUCUACGACAUACAGAAGAGACAGCGCCAAAGGCAAAGGCACCGAAACCAGAGUGGGGCCACCAACUCCAGCGGCGAUUCUGAAAGCGAGGAAGGAGAGACUAAGACCACGGUCAGGCUGCUCUGGCUUUCCAUGCUGAAGAUGCCCAAAGAGUUGUUACGUCUAUGUUUGUGCCACUUACUGACCUGGUUCUCCAUUAUUGCCGAAGCAGUGUUCUACACAGACUUCAUGGGUCAGGUCAUCUUCGAAGGUGACCCUAAGGCGAUAUCUAAUUCAACAGAACUACAUCAGUACAAUGCCGGGGUGCAGAUGGGCUGCUGGGGCCUGGUCAUAUACGCUGCGACUGCUGCCAUCUGCUCAGCCUUGCUACAGAAGUAUCUGGAUAAUUAUGACCUUAGUAUCAAAAUCAUCUACAUUUUGGGAACCCUGGGCUUCUCCAUCGGCACCUCGGUGAUGUUCAUCUUCCCCAACGUUUACGUCUCGAUGAUCAUGAUCAGCACCAUGGGAAUAGUCUCCAUGAGCAUCUCCUACUGCCCAUAUGCCCUGCUAGGACAAUACCAUGAGAUGGAUGAGUACAUUCAUCAUAGCCCCGGGAACUCCAAGAGAGGCUUUGGCAUAGACUGCGCCAUCUUGUCUUGCCAGGUUUACAUCUCGCAGAUCUUGGUGGCCUCUGCCCUCGGUGCGGUGGUAGACUUGGUGGGCAGUGUUCGGGUGAUACCUCUGGUGGCUUCCAUAGGUUCCUUCCUGGGAUUUCUCACGGCUACGUUCUUGGUAAUAUACCCCGAGGUCCCAGACGAGAACAAGGAGGAACCCAAACGCCAGGUCGCUCCGGACGCCGCCACUACUAACGGAGUGGAUCCUGACAAGCCCCUGGUAUUAAAGCUCUCCCCCAAAGGGCAGGCGGCUGCAGUUACUCCAGAAGUAGAAAACGAAUCAGCUGUAUGAGCAGAUGCUUUAAAAAGAAAAAAAAAAUCAUAACACAUUCCACACUGACUCCGCCCACAGCGACAAAAUAUCGGACGGACGUCUAGACUGAGCUCAACCCAUGACCCGUAGCUUCAGGUGUUCUCCUCGUGUGCUUGUGUUACAGAAGGUGAAGUGCGAGGUCAUUUCCGAUCACCGGGGGGGAAGCAAAACACGGAAAAAUAGAUGAAGAUUCAUUUACUUUUCCGGUUUUGCGGAUUUUGCCUUUUACUGCAUGCGGAGUAUAACGUAUGUUAUUAACGACAACUAGUUUUGCGGUAUUUUAUGACACUUUGGGUGUAUAGAACGACGAUUACGUCUUUUUUCAAUAGAUUUUUCUCUUGUUGAAAUCACUGCUGAUCUGUGAACGCACCCGUCAGAACACAUCUGUCAGCGACACGCAAUGGAUUCGCCAUUUUGCCGAUAUGGAAAGAGCAAAAAAAUAAAUAUAAAAAUUAUUUAAAAAUAAAUAAAAAAAAAUUUGCAUUUUUUUUUGUUCCCUGCCCCGCUGCUUCCUCUUUCCCAAGGCUCGUGUCAGUCCUCGCUGCAGUGUAUAGUUAUAUUCGUGAAGCAGCGAGCUCAGGAUGAACGGGGCGCAAAAGGGAAACAAAAAUGUAAAUAUAAGAUGGAGAAGGCACUUAGAUCUAUUGCGUGUGGGCGGCAGAUGAUUCGCUUUCACCUCAGAGACUCUGCAGCUUGUACUCUGCGCCUGAAAACCACCAAGUGAAAAAGUUUAUACAUAUAUAUAUAUAAUUUUUAUUUUUUUUGCUAUAUUGCAUUAAUUUCAUUUUGCCUUUUAAAAUUCUAUAUAUUUUGUGUUGGAAUGUACCAAUAGUUUUUAGUUUUUACAAAUGCCUGGCAAAUCCGUCCAAUUAUGGGACGCCGUGAGAAUGCGUAUGCGGUUGACUUACCCCCCGUUUUACUUAAAGGAUGUGUUCGCACACCGUAAAAAUAAAAAAUAAAAAAAAAUUACGUUUUUUUUUUUUUUUUUGCUUUACAGCCAAAAAAAAAAAAGGAAACAACAAAAAAUGAUGUAAACCAAAAAAACGGUGUGUGAACAUGGCUUAAGAAGGAAUUAUGUUGUUCCUUUUCACUUGAUGUCAGGUGUUCCAGAUUUAAAGCAAUACUACCCCUUAUUUUUUUUCUCAGUCCAAUCACGUCAGGUCAAUGGCUCUAAUAUAAUAUAUGGCUUAUAUUGCACCAGAGAAGAAAUCUGCUUUAAAUCCUAAGCGAUUAAUGUAAAUAUUUGUUUUUUUUUGUUUUUUUUUCUACCGUCAUUUAAUUUCAAAAGAUUUUCUGAAACUGUACUUUUUUUUUUUUUUUUAAGCAUUUGCAUCUUACUGAUUAGUUAAGGAAACCAAUUCGCGUAUGUUGCAUACGUUUCAGUUCUGGGCUUAUAGAGCUGAACUGUAUAGGCCGGGUUCAUACAGGGUCGUACAUCAUCAUGGGGCGGCCAUCUUGCCGGAGCUGUUUUUAACAGCCUUUUAGAGAUAUUCUUUACUGCAAGCUUUGUGAACUUUGGCCAUAAUUGUCUGGACUUUUCCCAUUCACAUGAAUAGGAAACGUUACUGGGCUUGCUCUGUGACCUUUCAGGAAGGUCAUUCCACAGAGAGGGAGAGACUGAGCUGUGAGCAUCAUCUAUUGUCUUCCCUAUCUACUGUAGCCUCUGUCUUAUCAUCACAGGCAGAACAGGAAAUCUCAGCUCAGUUUUUGAAGACUAAUUAGCUUAUUUUAGAUAGAAAAAUUAGAACAAAAUCACCAAAAAUUCUUUAAAAAAGAAAUGUUUAACAUAAACACUUAAAUAAAAAAUAAAAUUCCAAAAAGAAUUGAAAAAAUUAAAUUCGAAUGACACAUUCCUUUAAAAAGGACAAUUGAAAUAUCAAUAAAAUACAUCAACAGGCACCCAAAAAAUGUAAAAUGCCACUAUAAUUUAUUUUUCUUACUCCCUAUGUGAACCCGGCUUUAACACAUGAUUGACUGGUGGAAUUUUUUAUUUUUACAAAAAAAUGGGAAGCAGAUCUGAAAAGCAGGAGCCCUAAUAUUUUUUCCGGGGACAAAAAUAUGCAAAUGGCACAUGGGCGCAGAUGUGACCAUGUAAGUGCACGUUUGAUCCGAUUUGAUGAAGGGUCACAUGGGAGGCGUCUUUUACAUGUCCACUUAUCAGGAAGCCGUGCCCCUCGGAAGGCCACCCAGUAAGGGCCUCCAUCAUAAAGGAAAACUUCAGUCGAAUGUGGAUUUGUGCUCCAUUUACUCAUAGUUACAGUUUGGCUGUAAAGGCAUGCUGGUAGUUGUAGUUGUCUUACUGCUUGAGAACUGCCAAGGUUGAGCCACUCGAUGAAGGUUUCCAUUAUUUGGAAGUUGGACGACUCUACCUGGUGUAUGGGCUACAGCAGUGUUUUCCAACCAGAGCACCUCCAGCUGUUGCAAAACUACAGCUCCCAGCAUGCCCGGGCAGCCAACGGCUGUCCGGGCAUGCUGGGAGUUGUAGUUUUUCAAUAGUUUUUGAAUUUGACAUCUGGAAUCUCUGAUUUGCACAGUGGCAUUUUUUUGCUGGUCCUGUCCAUGCUCCAAGAAGCAGUGUUUUGUCUUUGUCAGAGAGAAUACAGCUAAACAAGGGCCCCUCCGCAAUACACCCUGUUUGGGAAGCACUGGGCUAGAGCGAAAUUUAGGUCAAUGUGCUGUGCAAAAGCUAGAACUAAUUUUGUAAAGCACAAAAUAUUUUAGAUUGGAAUCUUUUGGGCAUGUGGAUGGGAGACUUUUUUUCUCCAAAUUUCCUUUUUUUUUCUUUUUUUUUUUCCCCCCUCCUUUUCUUUUUUGCACUUUGUGAUAAUCACAAAUCCUCAUUAGUUGUAUUAAAAAUGCAUGGUUUAUAAUAUGUAUAUAUAGUAGAAUACUGGCAUGUGAAAAAAAAAAGUCAUUUUGCCUUAACAACAUCUUUUUUAAGAUCGUAAAUGUUGUUCCGCUGCCGGUCUAUAGGUGCUGGGCAGGAAUUUUACCGACACUUGAAGAAAAAUAAUAGGUCGAUGUUUGCAUUAUCUUGCUAAGAAACAAAAAAACAUUUUAAAUAGAUAUAUAAAUAUUCAAUCCUCAUAGCUGUACAGUACAAUACCAUUAAUCCAGGCCCUCAGAUGCCAGAUUGUCAAAUGUUCCGGAUUAUCAGAGAAUAAAAAAUUCAUAAUUACUGUAUAUAAUAUAAUAAUA